AUCACCAUCUUCAAGCAUAUCCCAUCAAUAUCCAGAGAGUUUGAGAGAGCGAGCAUUGCGAGAGCACCAUCCGACAUGGACCGCUUCAUCACCCAGACCGAGGGGAGGAGGGACCGCAAGCAUAUCCCAUCUGUAUCUAGAGAGUUUGCGGGAGCGAGCGCUGCGAGAGCAUCGCCUGGCAUGGAACGCUCCAUCGCCAAGUCUGAGGUGAGGUGGGACCGCUUUGUCGAGACUGGUAAGGGGGAGAUGGUGCAGGAUCCACUGACCACGGAGACUGGGGGCAAGAUGGAGCACGACCUGCUCAUGUACAGCCCGCGCAGCGCCGCGAGGGCCACCGCAACCGGCAUCCCCAUCGGCGACCAAGGUGUGGCCGUGCUACGGGGGCCCCUCAUCGUUGGCGCUGGACCAGCAGGGCUAGCAUGCGCGGCGAUGCUCACCAUGGGAUUGGUGCCCUACGUGAUCCUGGAACGUGACAUGUGCAUCGCAUCAACGUGGCACCGCCGCACGUACGAUAGGCUGUGUUUGCACCUACCCAAGCGCUACUGCCAGCUGCCGCUCAUGCCCUUCCCGCAUAGCUACCCCACAUACCCGGUUAGGCAGCAGUUUCUGGCCUACCUCGAUGAGUACAAGCGAAAGCACGGCAUCCGCCCCUUCUUCAACAUGGAGGUUGUCAGCGCCGAGUACGACGGUGAGUAUUGGUGCGUGCGCACCAAGGAUACCAGCGACAAUGUUGGAGGGUCUAUGCUUUCCUCUUGCACUAUGGAGUACCGCUCCAAAUGGCUAAUUGUGGCCACUGGUGAAAACGCUGAGCCGGUGGUACCUGAGAUUAAGGGCAUGCGAAGCUUCAAGGGUGAAGUCUUUCACUCAAGCGACUAUCGCAACGGCGAGGAAUUUCAAGGCAAAAAUGUGCUCGUCAUUGGUUGUGGCAACUCUGGCAUGGAGGUGUCGCUGGAUCUUGCCAACUACAAUGUGCAUACCUCUAUGGUUGUGCGUGAUUCGGGACACGUCCUUCCAAGAGAGAUACUGGGAAUCUCUACAUUUACAUUGUCCUUGUGGCUUCAGACAUUUUUUAAUAUUAAAGUAGUGGAUCAAAUCCUUCUUGUACUAGCCUGGUUCAUUCUAGGUGACACCAGGCGUAUCGGUAUUCCUCGACCUAAUUUAGGUCCAAUGGAACUAAAACAAUUGUCUGGUAAGACACCGGUACUUGACGUUGGCACGAUUGCAAAGAUCAAAUCCGGAGACAUAAAAGUGUUUCCGGGAAUUAAAAGUUUUCAAGAGGAUGGUGUAGAGUUUAUUGAUGGUAGAAUCGAAUCAUUCGAUGUUGUUAUUUUUGCAACUGGUUAUAAAAGUAAUGUUCCAUAUUGGUUGAAGGAAAAUGAAUUUUUUUCACGGAAAGAUGGAUUUCCAUGUAGACCAAAUGAGUGGAAAGGAAAGAAUGGUCUAUAUGCUGCUGGAUUCUCGAGACGUGGUCUACUUGGUGUUUCUAUGGAUGCAACUAAAAUUGCAAAUGAUAUUAUACAAUCUUAUAAUAACAUAAUAUUUCACCCGAUGGACAUCCAACGAUCACAAGACGAUUAGAGGCCAGCUUAACAAGACAAGAGUUUUCUAGACGGAAUCAGUAGUCGCACUCGUGCGUCUCGUUGGUGGAGUGAUACAUGCCGUUGAAAUUUGGUCCAUUGGAUAGGGUGGAGAGCUGUUGACUUUUUCUUUAAAAAAAAUUCCAGUCUCUCAUAUGAAAAUUUGUUUUUGCUUGUGAUGUGAUACAUGCCAUUGAAAUUUGGCCCAUUGGAUAUGGUGGAGAGUUGUUGACUUUUUCUUUAAAAAAUUCCAGUCUC